AUGUCAGAAAGUAUACAAAGUUCUUCUGCCACUGAACAUACUGAAAGUCCGUCACGAAGGAAGAAAGCCACGAGAGCUUGUUUUCAUUGUCAAAAAGCUCAUUUAACAUGCGAUGACUCUAGACCUUGUCAACGUUGCAUCAAGAGAGAUCUAGCGGCCUCGUGUACGGAUGGAAUUCGUAAAAAAGCAAAAUACUUACAAGAUUCAAAUUAUGAUGGUAUUACAUCACAGACCCCUAAUCAACCAUUAUUUAUACAUAAUGGACAUAAUGGAUUUCCAUCAACGCCUAAUAAUAUUAUAGAUCCUAGUACUUUAUUUGGUUCCAACAAUGGAUUUCCUCUCACGCCAGGAACGACAACGACAGCAAAUGUAAAUUAUGGAUUUGGUUCGGAAGCAGUAAAUUUAGAAUAUUCUAUUUUAAGUAAUAUUGGAAUUGUAAAUGAAAUGGGAAUGAUUGAAAAUAAUUGGCAACAUCAUCCUUCAUUACAACGUACAAGUCCAAUCAUUACAGCAUCUGGAAGUGGUAUAGGAAGUAAUUUGAUAGGAAAAAAAAAGAUGUAUUCAAAUACACCAGAAAAUGUAUAUGCUAAUGUCAAGAAACCAUUUUCAAUGGAAAAAGAUCAUAUAGAACGAAUUGUAAGAGCAUUAGCCACAUUUAGACCUUCAUUCAUUGCACUUAUAAUGAAUUUGACGGAAGAAGAUUUAAUUUUCAUGGAGAAAUGUUUUCAGAGAACAAUUUUAGAAUUCGAAAAAUUGAUAAGUUUCUCGGGAACUCCAACUGUUGUUUGGCGUCGAACUGGAGAAAUUGCAUUGGUGGGUAAAGAAUUCUCGUUAUUAACGCAAUGGACUAAAGAUCAAUUACUCGGGAAAACUACAUAUAUAUAUGAGGUCAUGGAUAAUCAAUCUGCGGUAGAAUAUUGGGAAAAAUUUGCUUGUCACGCUUUUAAUAAUUCAAGACAAUCGGUUAUGACUACAUGCAUUUUGAUUCGACCUUCCGGAAUUCCAGUUCCAUGUGCAUUUUGUUUUACUAUUAAACGCGAUAUAUUUGAUAUUCCAUUGGCUAUUGUGGGAAAUGUGACUCAGGAACCAACCGAAGAACAUAUUCCUGAUUCCGAAGACCCGAGAUGGGUGGACCUUUUCAUAGAGUAUUUCCUGGAUAAUAGUGAUAGUAAAAAUGAUGACUUGUUAUUUUUUGUGAGGAAACAAGAUUCCGAUAAUGAACAUCUUGACCCGGUAUUUGUUAAAAGGAAAUCAGCUCCACGAGUAAUGCCACAAUUAGAUGAUCCGGUAUUAUGGAAAGAGACAUUUUUCCUUAAUUUAAUUGUUCAGUUACCUUGUAAAUUAACUGUCGCAGUUUGUACCCGGACUCAAAUUAAUCCCUCAAAUGGUGAUGUUAGUGUUAGUGUUGGUAGUGAAACGGAACAAAAGACCAGUAUGACAUGUUCUAGUAAGCAUGUAUCUAAAAGAGUUUAUGCACUUCCAACCAAAUCUCGAAUGGAUAUUAAAGAUUCAUCAAUGGAAUGUUCUUAUCCAUUAAUUUAUUAUGUGAUUGAUGAUUAUGAAGAUAUGUUUGAACAUUUGAUUGUAACCAAGGGUGCAGCAUCUUACUCUGCUUUAUUGAACAUUUAUAAACAGAAAUCGGAAAGCAAAAUAAGUAGAAGAUUUAAAAUGGGUCCAGUGAAUCCACCCACAGAAUAUAUUAUGAUGAGAGAUAAAUCUUUUUCAUCAGAUCCGGAAAGUUUAAAAUGUUGUAUGACUUUUGUAAAUAUUCCAUGGACUAGUAUUAUCACGUAA